UUUUUUGCGUUUAUUUUGCAGGAGACAGGCUGGUGAACUAUGGUUGAAAGAGUGCAUGAGUUUAAACGGAGUUUAUAUGUUCCAAAAAUUCCAGGAGUGAAGGCAGCGUCGCCGAGUAACCAGUUGGUUGUUUCAACGGGGAUAGUCAGUCUAGAUACCAUUAUUGGAGGAGGUUUCCCAGUUGGCUCACUUACCAUUAUUGAGGAAGAUAUCCUUGGAGCUCAUAGCGAUGUGAUGCUGCGGUAUUUCUUGGCUGAAGGCCUCAUACACGAACAUAGACUUAUGCUCGCCUGCAAGGACGAUGAUCCAAUGAAAACGCUCACGAUGUUGCCCAGACCGGUAAAUUUGGAUCAAGUGACGGAAGAGAUUCAGCAUGGGGGAGAUCCGUCGUCGAUGCGGAUCGCUUGGAGGUACGAGAACAUCACUCCCCAAUUCGAUCAGAUGCGGCAGAGAUCUCAACAGCGUGGAGGACAUGACUUUGACUUGAGCCUCCCCGUUGGGCCAGAAAUAGAUACUUUGAAAGAAACUAUUACCACGUGGAGUGGUUGUGCAGAAAUGGAAUGUGAGUGGGAAGCUUUGCUGAAUCACAUCGACCAGGAGUUCGUCAAUGAGGACUUGAGCUUGAAAAAUAAGGAUGUGAAUUCGAAUAUCUUGCGGGUUUGCAUAAAAUCUUUUGGUUCACCGAUGUGGGAUUGGCAAGACACGGAAAUGUGCAAAUUUCUGUGGGCCUUGAAGUCUCGUUUACGUCGGCAUUAUGCUGCUGCAGUCAUCAGUCUUCAUCCGUAUUCUCAUCAGAAGCCACAGCGUCGGGACCAGAUCUGCCAAAUUGCUGAUUGCGUAUUGAAGUUGAACUCGUUUGCUGGAAGAGAGGAAGAGCACUUGCCUGCGUUUAAAAGUUAUCAUGGGAUGUUUCGAAUUUUGAAGCUGCCAAGUGUCAAUGCGCUUGCAACUUUCGUCCCUCCCUCGACAGAUCUCGCUUACAAAAGUAGACGGAAGAAGUUUACUGUUGAAUGCUUCCACUUGCCACCGGAUCUUUCGGAGAAUGUCAGCCGUGUUUAUAAAGAAAAUUCGAAAGUCGUGCUUACAGCUUCGGGUUGCGUUGCUCCUGUCGGGAAACUUGAUUUUUGA